AUGCGAACUUCAAUAAUCGUCGCUGGAGAACUUCCCCCGAGAAGCGCUCAUCGGCAAGGUCGACCAGUCCUCAUUCACAUCCGCCAACUGAUCAUGGGAAUCUACUCUUCAGCUUCAGGCAAAACUUGUCGCUCGCUGCUGCAACGGGACGAGCAUGUAUCCUGUCUAGCUGACAAUUGGGUCAUCUUCCGAGAUCAGAAUCGCUCGGGUCGCCGACAUGCCAGCGGAGUGCUAGCAGCCUGUGAACAAGCUCACAACCCGCUUGAUACGACCGGGACCGGAGCUCAAACAAAUCAUAAAUUAACAACUUAG